UAAUAGGUGUUCAUUAAUUGGGGAUUGCCUUUAAAGUUAUCUUCUUGAAUUGCACAUCAGCUUCCCCUUUUUUUGUAAGAGCAAUGGCUUCCCACAGAAGUACUCCAACUGAAGAGGGAAAAAAGUACAGUUACAGUGCUAGCUCCUUCAAAAUCAAGACAAAUGAAGAGGAGCUGUUUGAGCUGGUGCAGCUGAGUGAAGUUCCUGUGGAUAAAGAGCUGUUCAAAGUGCUUUUGGAGUUGCUCAAAAUGAACAUUGCCCCAGUCGCUAUUCUCCAGGUGCUCAAGUCACUAAAGUCACCCCAUUCCACUGUACUAAGCUCUGAGCCUCUUAAACCAUCGAGAGACCACUCAAAGCCUCCCUCUUCAAAAUCUCACCCCUCCAAGUCAUCCAAAAAGCCCUCUGCACCUAAAGAACCAUCUUCAAGCAAUCAAGACCACAAGAGAUCCUCUAGUAAAAACUCUAGCAGAGGUUCAAGCUCUCAGAAAAGAACAGUAGCGCCUAGUGGCAGUAGCUCAGUACGCAAAGAGAAAACAACUCCUAAGACCUAAUGUUUGUUCAUGAUAUUCUGUUGGCCAUUCCAUGGAGGAUCCAUACCACUUCA